AUGCGCGGGGCCGUCCCCAGGCUCAGCCUGACGCUGCUGGCGGCGGAGAGCGGCGCCCGGCUCUGUGCCAUCAUCCAUUACUUUGUCCGUGGGCAGCUGGGCUGGUUCGGGCUGACCAUCGCCUGCCUGGUACCCGGCUACGCCGCCCAGCUCCUGAGCAUCCUCUGGUUCCGAGCAGACGGACACACGCCGGGCUGCUGGCUCCUGGCGCUCCACCUCCUGCAGCUGGGGCUCUGGAAGCGGUACUGGGAUGUUCUGCGGGCGGAGGCGGGCGGCGCUGCCGGGGAGGUGCUGGCUCAGCUCGGGGAUGUUUGUGUGCUGCGGCUCCUGGAAGCCCUGCUGCAGACCCUGCCUCACCUUCUGAUCCAGGCUUAUGUCGUGGUGGCCGUGGAGCCAGCAGGCUUCAUCCCUGGUGUCAGUGCAGGGUUGUCCCUGCUGUCCCUGGCCUGGGCUUUGGUCUCCUACAGCCACUUCACCUGCCUGCUGAGGCCUGGACACCUGAGCCCACCGGCUGCCGUCCUCCUGUGCCUGCUGCUCUGGAGGACAGGGAUGCUGGGGACCCGGGUCCUGGCCCUGGUGCUCUUUGCCAGGCUCUAUUCCUUCUGGGUUUUUGCUGUAGCAGGGGUCCACUGGCUGCUCAUGUCCUUCUGGCUGGGGGCCCAGCAGACAGAUAUUGUGGCUCAGCCAUGCCGCUGGAGGCUCUUCAACUGCCUGCUGGGAGCUGUGUACAUCUUCUGCUACAUCAAUGUCAAGCCUGGCCCCUCCAAGAGCAGGGUGGCUGUAUUUUAUGCAAUAAUGCUGAUGGAGAACACGCUCCUGCUGCUGUUGGGCACCCAGUUCCUGCAGGCAGAGCUGAGGAGCAGCCUGACUGUGACUGGGGCUGUCAUGUCAGGGUCUGUAGUAGGUGCCACAGCUCUGGUGAUUUACUACAGCCUGCUCCAUCCCAAGUCCACAGAGAUCUGGCAGGGAUUCCUGGAGACACUCUGCAGUGCUGCAGCAGCCGGGGAUGAGGAGGUGUCUGGAGAGAGCUCCCAAGCUGGGACUGUGGAAGAUGAAGAGUCCUUGCCAGGGGAAGGGACCAAGACAGAGCCCAAGAAUGAGACCAGCUCAUCACUGCUGCAGUCCAAAGGGUGUUUGGAGGACAGCUGGACAGAGCAUCACCACUGGCUGCUGGUGAAGCUGGCCUUGAAGACGGGAGAUCUGUCCGUGAUCAACGCAGCUUUUGGAGAUGGUGGCCUGGGAGAGGCUUUUCCUGGAGGAUGGAUGAUGGGGAAAGCCCCUGGUGUUGAGCCUGGGGCAGACUUUUCGCUCCCCAUGAGGGACAUCCAUCCCUCUGGACUGGCAGUGGGGAAUGGAGAAGGCAUCAAACCCAGUGCUGACACUCUGGGAAUGGCACAGGAGGAUGGAGUAGGGCAGGAGCCUGAUUUUCCCCCAUCCACAUCCCAUCCCAAUGGCUUCUCCCCGGAUUCAACUGAGAGCUCCUCUGUGUAUUUCAGUGCAAGUGCAGGAGGCAUCGCCUCACCUGGGACAGGGACUGGGACAGGGACAGCCACAAGCAUGGCCCUGGUGCAAAGGGACAGCGAAGCUCAGCCUCCCCCAGGCUGCCUGGGAGAAGGAGGAGGAGGAAGAGGAGGGGAUUUGUCCCUUGGGAUGGCCAGCAUCAGCCCAAUCCUGGGUGCUUGUGCCCACAAGUAUCUGCAGAGAAGCUCUUCCUUUGGCAACACUGGCAGCUGUGGGGUGGCAGGUCCCCCCAGAGAGGGCUCAGAGCCCACAGGGACAGAGGGUGCCCUUGUGGGGUGCCAUCACCUUUGGGACACCCACCAUUGUGGCCCGCAGGGGACUGUGGUGAGGAGCAAGCUGAGGUCACCGUGCUUCACCUCCACCCCCAAGGCCAGCUCUAAAUGCCCCCAGCGAGGACUGGGAGAGCUGGGAGAGGGGACAGACCUGUCUGGGUUACCAGAGUGA